GAUCACCGCUGCCGCCAUCUUCCGCCAGCCGGACACCCUGGAAAGAGGCAAUCAAGAUUGUAGCCACUUCGCAGAGCGGGAAAUGAGCCCGUCAUCAAAUCGUUGGUCCAGAACGACCAUCACACUGACGAUCCUUCCUAGCUUUCCCAGGCACCACACCCUCUUCGUCCUAAAUCGGGGUCAAUCAUGGAGGAGAGCCUUGGUCCUGGCAAUGACACGAUCCAUCGGAGCAGCAAAACCUUCCCCUGGUCGAAAUUGGCCUCGGCCCCCGUGCCGUGGUGCACAUGUGAGGAUGUACGCCAGACUUCUCUCUAUAUAUAGAGGGCUACACUUGCAGUUUCCAUGACCACCAGCAUCGAUACAUUCUUUAGAUCGCCUGCCUCCUACAGCAAUCGGACUUGAGCAUUCGUUGAGCCUACACAGUCUAAUAUCUAUCACUCUAAUCAACCGUCGUUCUCAUCAUCAAAAUGAAGUUCACCAGUGUUCUCUUCACUCUGGGCCUGGCCACCAGUGUCUUGGCCAACCCUACUAAGGUCGUCCGUGAGCCCAGCCUUGUUGAGCGUGAUGUCGCCGCAGUGACCAGCGUUCUUGCCGACAUCGAGACCAAGGUCAAGGCCCUUGAUUCUGCCAUCAACAGCUACAGCGGUGGAGACCCCUCCAAGGUCGAGUCUGCCUCGACCGAUUUGGUCUCAACUAUCAACUCGGGUACCACCACUGUUAACGGCGGCGACGAUCUUAGCUCCACCGAUGCUCUCGAGAUCCCUGGUCCUGUCCAGGACCUGACCAAGGACGUUCAGACUGCGGUCAACGACCUGAUCUCGAAGAAGGACCAGUUCGUCUCGGCUGGUGCUGGUGCCACUGUCUACCAGCAGCUCCAGAAGCAGUACACUGCUGCCAAGAGCUUGGCCGACGCUCUCACUUCCAAGGUUCCCGAGUCCCUCUCUAGCCUUGCCAGUUCUCUGUCUGCUGGUAUCACCGAUGCCAUCCAGAAGGGUGUCGAUGAGUACAAGGAUGUUGCUACUAGCUCUGGCACCGCUUCCAGCGCUACUUCUGCUGCCUCUUCUGCCAGUGACAAGACCGCCACCAGCGCUGCUUCUUCCGCGACUGAGAAGAGCGAGACCACCGCUGCCGCUGCAACCACGAGCGAUUCCGCUACCACUGGUGCUCAAACUUCGUCUCCCGUGAUCCCCACCUCCGCCAGCGCCUCUGCUACCCCCUCCAGCUCCAGCACCCCCUCUGCUUCCGCCAGCUCCACCCUCUUCACUGGCGCUGCCAACUCUGACCGCUUCAGCUACGUCUUCGGUGGUGCUGCUGCUGCUGCUGCCGCCAUUGCUGCUGCCUUGUAAGGGAGACAGCCGAAGAUGACCUGAGCCUGCAAGGGAUAAACGAUUGUGAAGAUCCAAGUGCAACGGUUAUCGACAAGUGCGAUCAUGAAAAGAUACGGGCUGGCCAUGUAUAUCUAUUCACCGUUGAUUGAUUUCAGCCCGGGACUGUGGCUUAAUGUCUUUGAUUCUUGGUUUGGUUUGAUUUGUUGGGUGUUUAAUUGGUUGACAAUGUAAUAUGGUCUCAGUACAACC